CGAAAGGUCGGCGAUUCUAGCGGCGCGCGGCUAGGGAUCGCGAUUUCCAGCGGGAUUCUAGUGCGGCAUCGCUGGAGGUAGGACCUUUUUUCUUCGAUCGGCUCGGCAGCGAAAGAAAGAGGGAGUGGCGGCGAUGGAGCUCGCUUGCGAGAAUGGGAGGUGUCUGGUUUGCAAGACGGAGCCGCCAGAGCAAGAAACCCUGCCUUGCGGGAGCUGCGGGUGUGUGUGGCACUUGCCAUGCUUGAAGGCGCCGAUGACCUUGGCGGAUGUUACUCCGGGCUGGGCGUGCCCGGAUUGCUCGGAUGAUCCGGCCAGCAGCAGCAAGAAGCCGGGGCCGAGCGGUGGAGAGAACGAGCUGCUGAGAAAGAUCCGGGAGAUAAAUGCGGAUAAUUCUCUCUCAGAUGCGCAGAAGGCAGCGCAGCGGCAGAUGUUACUGAGCAAUGGGGCUGUUCCUGCCGGCAAGGAGGACGAUGAGGACGAGCUCAUUUGCGCGUUUUGCCAGGGUUCGCUCGAUCGCCCAGUGACGACUCCAUGCGGCCACAACUUCUGUUUAAAGUGUCUCCAGAAGUGGUUUGCUCAGGGACAGAAGAAAUGCGGCAAAUGCCGCGUGAACUUCCAUCAAGGCUUUAUACAGCAGCCCAAGAUCAACCCCCUACUCGUACAGGCCAUUCGAAUGGCAAAGAUUGGAGCUACUGCGCCAGCUUCCAAGGCCGUUCAUGUUCUUCAAAACAAGAACCGGCCCGACAAGGCUUUCAAGAGCGAGAGAGCGAAGAAAGCCGGGUUGGCGAACGCGUCGAGUGGCAGGAUCUUCGUUACAGUAGGCCACUACCACUUUGGGGCAAUUCCAGCGGAGAAUGAUCCCGAGCGGAACCAGGGUGUCUUGGUUGGCGAAACUUGGACCGAUAGGCUGGAAUGUAGACAGUGGGGCGCUCACAGGCCUCACAUCGCUGGAAUCGCCGGGCAGAGCGACAAAGGUGCCCAAUCAGUAGUCAUGUCUGGUGGCUACGAGGACGACGAGGACCAUGGAGAGUGGUUUCUUUACACUGGAAGUGGUGGUCGAGAUUUGAGUGGGAACAAAAGAACUAAUGAUCAGUCUUUCGAUCAGGUUUUUUCGAAAUCAAAUAAAGCUCUGUCCGUGAGCUGCUUGAAAGGCUAUCCAGUGCGUGUUGUGCGGUCGGCCAAAGACGUUCGUUCUGCUUACGCACCUCAAGAAGGCUUGAGGUACGAUGGACUGUACAGAAUUGAGAGAUGCUGGCGAAAGAUUGGUCUUAAGGGGUUUCGCGUGUGCCGAUACUUGUUCGUCAGGUGUGACAACGAACCGGCACCCUGGACAAGUGAGGACUACGGUGAUCGGCCACGUCCACUUCCAGAGAUUACAGAGCUUAAAGAUGCAACGGAUGUCAAAGAAAGGAAGACGCAACUGCCGUCUUGGGACUGGAAGGAGGAUGAGAACGUCUGGGGUUGGAUUAAGCCGCCUCCAAGUUUCAGGGACGUUAACCCUUCAUCUGCCCGGAAGAGAAGUGUCUCUUCGAAGGAGAAGGAGCUUAAGACCAAAUUUGGAUGUGGGCUUUGCAAAAACGUAUUGCAACGUCCGCUUUGCGCUCCUUGUGGGCACAACUUUUGUCAGGCCUGUUUGGCUGGUCAUUUCGCUGGUCACAAGGACGUUCGAGACAGGGCAAAUGGCCGACGAUCCCUCAGAGUUCGAAAGAACCAGAAGCCGUGUCCUCAGUGCAACAAGGACAUCGCUGACUUCAUGGAAGCCCCCGCGGUCAACAACGAUAUGGAUGAUGUCAUCCAAAAGCUGAAAGCUGCCAUAGCCGACCUUAUGAAGACGGAAGAGGAAAAUCGCGAUGCCGACGCUGAAGAUGGUGACGAUGACGAUGAUGAAGCUGAAGACGCCAAAGAGGCUGAUAACGAAGCCGAAGAAGCCAAAGAGGCUGAUGACGAAGUCGAAGAAGCCAAAGAGGCUGGUGACGAAGUCGAAGAAGCCAAAGAGGCUGAUGACGAAGUCGAAGAAGCCAAAGAAGCUAAUGAAGAGCAGAAAGACAACAAGCUCGGGGAUGGUUUUGGACGCUUGGACACGAGUGUUACUGUGGACAAGGACAUUGCAGUUGACACCACUCCAAAGGAAGAAGCUUCGAUGGCCAAGGAAGCAGAGAAAAAAGCUAAGGAUCGUCGUGUGAAAAAUGGCAAGAGAAGCGCUGUAGGGAGCUCCAGCAUUGCAAAGAGAACGAGAGGAAGCAAGGUCGCUGCCGCUGAAGCAAAACAGAUGGAUCCGGUCGUCAUUGUUUUGGACGAUGACUAGCGAUUAAUCGUUUUGGACCAAUCAUUGGGAUCAAUCCAUAGACCGGCCCAAGGGUCACUUUAUGCACUGUAGCAGCUUCGUUACGGUUCGAAUCUUCAUGUCUUACAUUUC